CUCGCCCGUAUCAGAUCACCAUUCGCAGCUAUGGCGGUCCGUGUCAUGCUAGGUCAGCGGCUGUCCUCCAUCAGCCUUGAUACAUGAUCCUUCUUGCAACUUCCACAUCUCCGCUCCUGCACAUAGCAUUAUUGCACAGCAUCUGUCUCGCCCGGGCCGAUCAUCACUACGACAGCCAUGAGGGGCUUCAUCUACCGCCUAUUUCUCACAUGCCUCAAUAUCUUCUUCCCCCCAGCCGCAGUCAUGUUGCUGUGUGGUUUCGACAUGGACCUGCUUUUGAAUUGCGUUUUCUUCUUACUGGCAGUAAUACCCUCACACAUUCAUGGUUUCUACAUUAGCUGCACCUAUUUUCAUCGAAGACACAAGGUCAAGAAGCGCCGUUAUCCCGGAGGCCCGAAAUCGCUCAUCUAUUCGUCUUACGUGACGAACGGCGGCGCAAGCAAUGAAGAGGUCAGAAGCCUGUACCGCAAAGAGCACGGUGGAAACUCGAGGAGGACCAGCAGGCGUAAGAGCAGGAUCUGAGAGAACACACCAAACGGAGAUGCUCAAGAAAGCAAGCUUGGGAGGAGACCCACAACUUCGAGCAAUGGUCAGCAACGGCCUUUGCCGCAACCUUCGAUGCACUUAUACGAUACGUUGCGAGAGAUGGAUACGGACAGUCUGUGCAGAGUGUGCCAUCGCACGCGCAACGACCAGUUCCACCAACCCCGAACCGAUAUAUUGAUCACCUCGCUGCAUGAUCAAUUUCGCGCGGGAUUCUUUCG